GCAGGGUCCGGGGAGACCAGAUAUAGUGAAUGCAGGGUCCGGGGAGAGCGGAUAUAGUGAAUGCAGGGUACGGGGAGACCGGAUAUAGUGAAUGCAGGGUUCGGGGAGACCGGAUAUAAUGAAUGCAGGGUCUGGGGAGACCAGAUAUAGUGAAUGCAGGGUCCGGGGAGACCAGAUAUAGUGAAUGCAGGGUGCGGGGAGACCAGAUAUAGUGAAUGCAGGGCUCCGGGGAGACCGGAUAUAGUGAAUGCAGGGUGCGGGGAGACCAGAUAUAGUGAAUGCAGGGUGCGGGGAGACCAGAUAUAGUGAAUGCAGGGUCCGGGGAGACCAGAUAUAGUGAAUGCAGGGUCCGGGGAGACCAGAUAUAGUGAAUGCAGGGU